UCCACAAGCACCUCCUCCUCCAAAACAAAGAUGGCUGUGGUGGUUUGUCGUGGCGUGGCAGUGGCUGCUGCUGCUGCCGUGCUGGGUGUGUUGUUCCUGGCUGCGUGUGCACCAGCUCAGGCCGCCGCAAAUGCUGACACUGAUCGUGACCCACGCCUUCGUGGUGGCGUGAAUGGCGGGACGGAGUGCGCUGUGUGUACCCUUUCUGUUGCCUUGGUUGAACAGUAUGCUGAGCUCAAGAACGCAUCUGCCAGCGAGGCGCUCUCUCAGAUCUGCAACCUUCUCCCAAAGGGCAUCCGCGCUGAAUGCAAGACCUUCAUCGACGAAGUCGGCCCUUACAUCAUUGAGUACAUUGACAAUCACGAGACGCCCGAUGUGGUGUGCAAAGCGAUCAACGUGUGCACGGGCCCCUGCCAGCUGUUCCCGCCACCCAAGGAAGGCGUGGACAACGCUGUUGCCCGCGUGCGCAAGACGGUGGGCCUUCGCGGUCUCCCGCGUGACGACCCGCCCGCCUUCUGCAAGUUCAAGAUCUUCAAGCCCAUCUGUGACCUCAUCGUCGCCCUCGACAACCACACGCCGUACAAGGACGACGACGGCGAUGGCUUCAGCACGUGGCACACGCUGCGCGGCGCUGACUGGCGCGGCAAGGACUGCAGCGACACCAACGCGGCGGUGCACCCUGGCGCGCGCCCCGUUGACGGCGAUCGUGAGGUCGACAGCAACUGCAACGGCAUCUACGGCAUCGAGCCCAAGUCUGGAAAGACAUACGAGGAGCUGUACUGCGCAGACACCAACCCAAUGGGCACCAUUGUGCUGGGCGACUCUGCCUCGGCGCACUUUCACAUCCCCUACCAGUACCUGAGCGUGGUGGACUGGGACAACACGACAUUCGCAAACAUCCUGCCCACGCUGGAGAAUGAGUUUGACUGGCCCAUGCUGUCGGCGACAACCGGCUUUGAGAACACGACGCAGUGGGCACCCGACGUGACGGGCAAGCAGAACUCGACGUACCAGGUGAUGUGGCGGCGCAACCGCUGCGUGCACCGCGACUUCCAGAACAUUGCUGUCAACGGGGCGCGGGCCGGGUCCAUGAACAGCUCCAUCGUGCAGUCGAUGAGCCGUCUGCAGAAGAGCGACUACCCGGCGCUGGUGAUGUACGCCCUCAUUGGCAACGACGUGUGCAACGGCCACCCGGACACGCUUGCACACAUGACCACGCCCAAGGAAAUGCACGACAACGCCCUGGACACGCUCCGCUACUUGGACACGAAGCUUCCGAACGGGAGCCACGUGUUCAUGAUGGGGCUGGCAGACGGGCGCAUCCUGUACGACACCAUGGCCAAGCGCAUCCACCCUAUUGGCUCCCUCCACCAUGACGUCACCACGGGCCAGGUGUACGACUUUCUCAACUGCCUCUCCAUCUCGCCCUGCCGCGGGUGGAUGAACUCCAACGAGACAUUGCGCAACCUCACCUCCGCCCACGCCGCCCUCCUCAGCAACGUGCUGAAGAACAUUACGCAAGACAACACGUUCAACAACUUUGACGUGCACUACUUCCCCAACCCGAUCAUGGCCGCCCUGAAGGAGUGGGAGGCGCGCGGCGGGAAGGCGUGGCAGCUGAUUGAGCCCGUGGACGGCUUCCACCCGAGCCAGAACGCCCAGCCGCUCAUCACAGAGCAGUUCUGGAAGUACCUGAUGCAGGAGCACCCACACGUUGUGCCAAAGGUCAACCCGCAUAACGCCGAUAUUGCCCGCAUCUUCGGCGACCAGGGCGGCUACUGAGACUUGUGGUGCGCCACAGGCCAUUCAUCCAUCCACUUGCUCUCUUUCACUCCACUCACACAUACACAAACACACACACAAACACACAUUCAACCAAAUUGUCAAACAACGCCUGCCCACAGCAACGCGCCAACGUACGCGUCGUUGUUGUUGUUGUGGUGUGUGUGCGUGCGUACUGCCUCUGUUUUGUGUCCUGCUUGCGCUGUUGGUCCGCUUGUGUGCACACACCGUGUGUCAAUCAUCACGCAGCACCACGCCACCACCACAGCCCCUUCCUUGCUCAGCCGUUGUUACUCCGUUGUUCCUCCUCAUCACUACUGCACCCAUGGCUGUUGCGCUUCCACGAAUAAUGUGUUUUCAUCAUUCAUUCGUGGGUUGCUGGUUGCUCGUGCCGUGACAAUUCCUCGUUUCUGCCAUUGAUACGUUGAUAGCCCACACCAAUGCAACAAUGCAAAUCAGUACAAGCGAAGAAGGAA